CCUGUCAGAGCAACAGCUGAGUUGGUGAUACAGAAUGUCAAGCAAGCCUCUUAUCGAGCUAAUUUUGUGUUGAUACUGUACGAAUAGACUGCUGUAACACUACUACUUCUAAGUAUGAACUGAAGUGUUUGUCUGCUUACUUGCUUUGGAUAAAUUAAUGGCAAACAUAGAUGUUGGGAAUGCAGGGGAUCUUCAAUCUCAAAUCGAAGAGGUCGAGGCACUUUCCUCCAUAUACGGUGACGAAUGGUGUGUUAUUGAUGAAGCAGCAAGAAUAUUUUGCAUCAAAAUAACGGAUGAUAUAGACUAUCCAAAACUGAAAGCAUGUUUACAGAUCAUUCUCCCACAUGAUUACCCGAGUGCAGCACCACCUGUCUACCAAAUAAAUGCAGCAUGGUUGCGAGGCCCUGAUAGAAAGAUCCUGUCCAACAGCCUUGAGGAGCUCUAUGUGGAGAACACUGGGGAAAGCAUCCUCUACCUCUGGGUGGAGAAGGUCCGGGAGUUCCUCCUGGAGAAAUCCCAAAGCACAGACACAGUGGAGCAACCAGAGGUGAGAAAUAUGACAACAGAGGAGGGGGAAGUGGCGGAUGAUGUAGAAAUGCCUGAUUACCGCAAUCUGAAGCUGAACAAAGAGAAUGUACACCUCUUCGAAAAUCACUCAAGUGUAGAUGAGGAACUACCUCCUAUAAAACUGGGGGAGACGAUAACAGAAAGACGCAGCACCUUCCAACCACACUUAGCCCCUGUGGUAACACCCAGACAGGUUAGAAUGGUUCUUGACAAGCUGUUUGAAAACAAGAAGAUUGCAAGCGCCACUCACAAUAUUUAUGCAUACAGGAUAUACUGUGAAGAAAAGCAGAGUUUCCUGCAGGACUGUGAGGAUGAUGGAGAGACCGCAGCGGGAGGACGACUGCUUCACUUACUACAGAUCCUGGAUGUGCGGAAUGUGCUGGUGGUUGUGUCUCGCUGGUAUGGAGGGAUCCUGCUGGGUCCAGACCGUUUCAAACAUAUCAACAACUCUGCCAGGAACAUCCUGGUCCAGGAGGGAUACACAUCCUCUGCGGAUGAGGCAUCCAAAGCUGGAGGGAAGAAUAAAAAGUCAAAAAGCAAGAAGACAAAGUAAAGUGAUAUACUCUGAAUGCUAGUCAUUGGCAAUGCUAUCUGUAAUAUUGUUGAAAGGUUUACAGAAACGAACAGACAUUUCUGACCUCUAUGAGGACUUCAAUCUCAAAAAGGUUUUGUUGUGCCUUAAACUGAAAAUGGGAAUUUGAUGGCAACUAUGUAAUGUUAGUUUCGAACAUUCAGGCUUAAGGGAAAGUAAGCCCAUCUCCUCAUAACCAUAAUGAAAACUGAUUAUGUGAGUAAUUUAUAUUAAUUAAAAAAGGGCUGAAUACAUGACUAGGAAAAUGCAUUAAUUUGUUGUAAAUCAGAUUUUCCUUCUAAGAGCAUAGCUGUAAUUUUCAGGAAUGUCUGAAAUUAUAACCAAAAUGUCUUCAUUUCCAAAAAGUCUCUUUCUCUCUCUCACCCUCCCUUCUGUCACGCCUGUAUUUAGAUGCUUUGAUAUUUGAGUUCCGCUGUGGUUGAAUCCCCACAGCUUCUGUCAUCCAAAGUACUGUUGAAUCAGUCUGAGAGUUCAGUGGACACAUCAUCUGCGUUUCACAGACAAUAAAAUCUCAUUUCCAAA